AAAGGUUGAUAUUAGGGUUAGCCUACAGUUGUACAAGCUUGUGGGAAACAUGGAUGUUUCAGUUAUAACAACGGGUCUUCGUAGAAUUUUUUACGUUGUUUCUCCUAAUGAGACAUCCUUUAAAACUUUGGAGGAUGUACCUGACUAUAUACAAGCGGCGUUUCCAUUCUUCACAACAUUUAUUAUAGUGGAGGCUAUUGUGCUCGCACUACAGAAGAAAAAUGGCAUUCGCAUUAAUGAUGGGCUGGUGUCAAUCUCAGCUGGAGUAUUCUCUGAAACCUCCAAAUUCUUACUGAAGGGAGUGAUAAUGUUUGCAUACAUCUAUGUCUACGAUCACUGGAAGCUUUUCACCUUACCUUGGAAUUCGCCAUGGACUUGGCUUAUCUGUUUCAUUGGUGUAGAUUUCUGCUACUAUUGGUUCCAUCGGAUGGCUCAUGAAGUCAAUGUGAUAUGGGCAGCACAUCAGGUACACCAUAGUUCUGAAGAAUACAACUUUACUACAGCAUUGCGACAGUCAGUUGUGCAAAACUACACUUCAAUUGUGUUUUACUUGCCACUUGCACUCGCUGUGCCACCGCCAAUGUACAUGGUUCACAGUCAGUUCAACCUACUCUACCAGUUCUGGAUACAUACCGAGAUCGUGCACUCACUAGGGCCCCUGGAGUACAUACUAAACACACCAAGUCACCAUAGAGUACACCAUGGUAGGAACAGGUAUUGUAUUGACAAGAACUAUGGUGGAACUCUUAUCAUUUGGGACAGGCUGUUUGGUACAUUUACCCCAGAGACAGAGGAAGUAGUGUAUGGACUCACUCACCCAGUCGCAAGCUUUGACCCAAACUAUAUACAGUGGUGUCAUUACAUGCACAUAUUGAGGAUGACGUGGGUCACACCUGGACUUCUAAACAAGCUGUGGGUGCUACUGAAGGGCCCUGGCUGGGUGCCUGGUAAAUCCAGGCUUGGGUGCAUCGAGGAUAUUCCUGAUGUUCACGCUCCGGCAGAGAAAUACGACCCGGGUGUGCCAGCGUGGUGCAACCUCUACUGCAUGCUACACAUGGCCAUCACGGUGCUACACUACGACCACGCCGUCCGCUACAGAGAGGAGAUGUCGGCCGUGCUGAUGUUGGUGUUGUCAGUGCACUUCGUCUAUACGCUGACCUGCUUCGGUGCUCUGUUCGAUCACAGGAACCGAGCCUCGUUGAUGGAGUUCGGGCGAUGUCUGUACUGCGUCGUUGCAGCGGGAUAUCUGGAAGUCUUCCCACCAGAGGGCGCCCUCGCGAUGUCCACCCUGCUGUGUCGUGCGGUGCACUUUGUCUUCGUCGCCUCGCUGCUUCUGUGGGGGAUGCAGAGCUUGCGGCACGAGGGUUUCCUCAGCACUGCAGAUGACCGUCGCAAACCCGCAGUGACCCACACGCAGGAGCGGUGGGAGAGUAAGCGGUCGAUUACCACGGCGACGUACGGCAGUGGGGGCCAUCGGCUGAACGUGCAGAGCAAGCGCGAGUGAUCGGAGGCGUGGUUCAACGAACGUGCGCAUGCGCGCACGCAACGGUGCUCUCGCGUUGAUUAAGUCACGCCGGAGAACGUUGCAUCGCCUGUACAGUACUGAUCCGGAGUCAAUCGCCCUGUUCUGUACUUACAGGACCGGGUAAUUUAUCUUGCCAUGAUACAUGUAGUAGACAUUUACAUAUGAUAACUGUAUGUAACGAAUGUGUCUAUGGCGACAUGUCACCUCACAGUGAAAGCGACUCUGAGCGAGAGAGCCAGCAGCGUUGUUUUAAGCCUGCAAGUCUGCGUGGGGCUUGUGGGAGAGUUGGUGCACUGUGCGAGUAUAGUAGCUUGUAUCAGUUGUCAUUAGUGUCACGCAUUAAUUAUGCAGAGUAAAUGUUUACUCUUGAAAUUUUAAUUACAACCUGUAAAUCGUUGCCAAAUAAUUGUUUCGUGCAUAGCGUUGCAAUUCCGAAAUUGAUGCAGCAAUUAGUUUAUUGAUUGCUGAAGUGUUAAACGAACUGUGAUAGUGUAAUGUGUGGAUUUUAAUGCCGUGAUUUGCAUAUACAUUUGUUUAAUUGGAUGGAUACUUUUAUGAUAUUCCAAUCUUUUUUUCUCAUCAUGGGAUCAAAUAAAGAUGUUGCUACUACAAUCAGAAUAAA